AUGGUCCAUCCUCAGAAUGGGGGUGGUCCAGGGCAAGCGCCUGUUCCUUUCCCUCCCCCUCUUCCAGUUGUGGCAUACUCAGCGUAUGGACAAUUCCCUUAUGCUCCGUCGUCGCAACCAUUUAUCUACCCUCCUCCUGUGGUGUACCAAAACGCAGUGCCACUGGGCUAUUAUCAUUACGCGCAACCUGUGCCUGCACAUAUGCCUCCACCCCCACAGGGUCAGGUGAAUCAAGCAUUUCAAGGUCAAGGGCAGGUCCCAGACCAACACCAUGAUCCCCCUUUGAAUCGCCGCCAUCGCAGUCACUCUCAAGUUCGCGGCUGGGGCAAUGGUAGAGGUAAUAGGAGGCAGCCAAAUAGGCAUUUGGUAUGUCGUGACAAUUGCUCUCCGCGACCCCAGCCUCUGCAGAGCAUUCCUGAUCCACUUGCGCUGCUUGUCGCGCUGUUCAACUCUUCCGCCGCUCUUCCAGCUCAACUCGAACAUAGUUCUGAUCUGGACAAUCGAGGGGUCAAGCAAGAAGAUACCGAAGAUGAAUCCACUCCAGUUGCCCAGAACAUCGGGUCUACUGAGAUUAAAAGAGAGCCAGUGAUCAAGCAAGAGCCACAAUAA